AUGGUUUUCAAGUUCCAGAAAUUUCCAAGUUUGGAAUUAAUGGCAGAACUUAUUAAAUGUCAUAUCGUCGAUAAGACUGAACCACAUAAUAUGAAUGUAGAGAAAUGGUAUGAGAUCAAUGAUUUAGCAUACCUCCUGUCACCAAAUUCAUCAUUUGACAAAGGCAUUACCGUAUCAGAAGGCCUAUUAGAAAUGCUUGAUGAAUUAAAAGACCAAAAAAUAUCACCGAAAAACAACGCAAAACGCAUUGAUGUCUUUAAAAGACUUAAAAAUAAAUUCAGUAUAUUAUUGCCUCCACCAAAUGUGGACGGAAACAAAGAAUAUUUGACGUGGGUAGAUAAAAAACUUCACAGAGAUCAUCAGGAUAUGUUAAAUGGUACCAAAAGUCUGAAGAUAUUCCAGUGUUGGAAUCAGUUAGAACUUAAAUAUAAUAUAAUCAAUGCACUUAUGAUUUCAUUGAAGGACGCUAUUAAAUCAACAUCACCGUUUUACUAUGCAAGUAACAACAUAAAAUCGCAGUUUGUGGUUGAUCAAAGUAUUCUUAUGCAAGCAUUAGACGAAUUCAAACGAAAGACGAGGAAUACAUUUUUACAUGCGGGUCUAGAGGAUUAUUGGAAAAUAAAUCCUGAAUCAAUAAGGCUUGGAUCCAGACCAUGUUUUGACGUUACGAUCCGCCAAAGAAACACAAUCAUAGAUAAUAUCGUUUCAAUAGAUAAAUGUACAUUUUCAUUUGUACAACGUAAUCUGAUCGAAAAAAACGACAGAAACUGUAAAGAUGCAAUAAAGUUGUCAAGUUCAAAAAACAGUGAAAUUGAAGUCGGUAAUAUAAAUUAUAAUUAA